AUGAAUUGCUUAAGCUGGAACUGCCGGGGGCUUGGGAACCACCGGCGAGUUCGUGAGCUUUCAGAAUUAGUGAAGGCGAAAGGUCCCAGGGUGAUCUUCUUGAUGGAAACCAGGAAGAAAAAAUCAUAUUUGGAGAGAUUGAGAUGCCGGUUGAAGUACGAUAAUAUGUUCAUCGUCCCAAGGAGGAAUUUAGGGGGUGGGCUGGCUUUGCUAUGGAAUAAUGAUCUUAACUUGCAUAUUAGGACGUUCUCGCCGCGACAUAUCGAUGCUGUGGUAAAUCCAGGAAUUGAUGACGCCUGGCGCUUUACGGGGUUCUACGGAGCUCCUGAAGCGGCCAACCGGGAAGAUUCUUGGUCAGUGUUGCGACACCUCGGCUCCCAGUUUGUCUUGCCUUGGGUGUGUAUCGGAGAUUUUAAUGAAAUCACAAGAGUGAACGAGAAAUCGGGAGGGGCCAUUCGUCCAGAGAAACAGAUGCAAGACUUCAGAGAUUGUUUGGAUGUUUGUGGUCUUAAGGACCUGGGUUUUUCGGGUCUGCCUUUUACUUGGUGUAAUAGAAGAUACAAUGAAGCUUUAGUUUGGGUUCGCCUUGAUAGAGCGGUGGCUACGGUAGAUUGGAUUCUUAAAUUCCCCACGGCUCGCCUUCAUCAUUUGCCAGGUUCGUCCUCGGAUCACAAACCUUUAUGGCUGGUUUCAGAUGAUCUCCAAACCCGGUUUAAUCGAGCUAAAAAACCGUUUAGGUUUGAGGCCAUGUGGCUCAAUGACGAGCGUUGCGAGGGUGUGGUUCACUCUGUUUGGGAUAGGAAUAUAGGCGGAGACCCAGUGAGUAGGGUAAUGAGUAAGGUUGGGGAGUGUCAAACCCAACUUAAACUUUGGGACAAAAACGUUUUUGGGAAUGUUCGCAAGGCUUUGGCUAGAAAUAGAAAGCUCCUGGUUUUAGCAGAAGGUGAUUCCAUGGCCGGCAAGAAUCAUGCUCGGGUUAAACUCCUCUCUGAGGAAAUAUCUAGGCUAAUGGACUUCGAGGAACGAAUGUGGAGCCAGAGGUCUAAAACAGAGUGGCUAAGAUAUGGAGACCAAAAUACUAAGUAUUUCCACUGUCGAGCAACGGAGAGAAAUAAAAAGAAUUUUAUCUCGGGGCUGGAAAACGCUCAUGGGGAGUGGAUUGAGGGGGAGGAGCAGAUUGGGGUGAUGUUGACUAGUUACUACUCAAAUCUUUUUUCCACUGCUAACCCAACAGAGUUGGAAUCAGUCCUUAGAGGAGUGCAACCAAGGGUGUCCGAAGCGAUGAAUUCGGAACUGCUAAAACCUUUCAGAAUGGAUGAGGUUCACAUUGCUCUCAAGCAAAUGAAACCGGAUACUGCCCCUGGUCCAGACGGUCUCCCGCCUUUAUUCUAUAAGAAUUUCUGGGUGAAGGUGGGCGCAGAGGUGUCGGAAGCAGUCCUUUCAGUGCUAAACUCUGGUACCCUUCCUCCUCAUCUAAACCACACUUUCAUUUCUUUGAUUCCAAAAAACAAAAGCCCCAGGAAAGUCACUGAAUUCCGGCCGAUCAGCUUGUGUAAUGUGUUAUAUAAAUUAAUUGCAAAAGUAUUGGCAAACCGUUUAAAACCCAUGCUGCCUAUUCUGAUCUCUGAGUCCCAGAGCGCCUUCAUGUCCGAGAGGCUCAUUACAGACAAUAUUCUUAUAGCUCAUGAGACUCUGCAUUACUUGAAGACUAAAAGAACGGGGAAGAUGGGUUUUAUGUCCAUGAAGCUUGACAUGUCCAAAGCUUACGACCGAGUCGAAUGGAUCUAUUUAGAAAAGAUCAUGGAGAAAAUGGGAUUUAACUGCAAAUGGAUCAACCUUAUUGCUAUGUGUAUCCGGUCUGUGACGUAUUCAAUUAUGCUUAACGGUCAACCACACGGCUUGAUUACUCCAACCAGGGGGCUGCGUCAAGGCGAUCCAUUAUCGCCGUACCUUUUCCUGCUAGUGACGGAGGGUUUACAUGCUCUGUUUGAAGAAGCAAAGGACAGGGGAGAAAUUAGGGGUGUCUCUUUAUGCCCGAUGGGUCCGCGGAUUUCUCAUCUUCUGUUUGCGGACGAUAGUUUAGUCUUUUGUAGAGCCACAGUUGCAGAAUGUGUUAAGAUUCAAUCCAUUCUCUUCAGAUAUGAGCAUGCUUCUGGACAGAGCAUUAACAGAGGCAAGACAAAUCUUUUUUUCAGUUCAAAUACACACCCGGAGGUUCAAGUAGCCAUAAAAGCUUUUCUGGGUUUACCGGUAACUUCGAGAUUUGAACAAUAUUUGGGAUUGCCGUCCUUAGUGGGCAGAUCAAAAAAGAAGUCUUUUAGUCUCAUCAAAGAAAGGAUUUGGAAGAAGUUGAAGGGGUGGAAAGAGAGGCUCUUAUCGCAGGCUGGUCGCGAAAUUCUUGUCAAGGCCGUCAUCCAAGCGAUCCCUAUCUACACUAUGUCCUGUUUUAGGCUGCCAAAAGGUCUGAUCAGUGAAAUUGAGACCCUAAUGAGAAAAUUCUGGUGGGGUUAUAGAGGGGACCAAAAGAAGAUACAUUGGAUCAGUUGGGAAAAAUUAUGUCAACCCAAGAAGGAGGGUGGGAUGGGCUUCAAAGAGUUAAUCAAGUUCAAUGAUUCUAUGCUUGCAAAACAGAUUUGGAGACUCGGGAAUAAUGAGGGGUGUCUUUUCCAUCGAGUGUUCAAGGCCAAGUUCUUUCCCAACUGUUCGGUCUUUGACUGUAAGGUUUCCACGAAGGGUUCAUACGCCUGGAGAAGUAUUGUUCAGGCUAGGCACGUUAUGGAUUUGGGCUCGGUUUGGAGAAUAGGUGACGGGAAAUCAGUUAAGAUCAGGGGAGAUAGGUGGCUCCCCCAAAAUACAGCCUCAAAAAUAGUGUCCCCGAUCUCUGUUUUGCCUCCCGGGUCGAUGGUGUGCGACCUCAUUAAUCAAGACGAGCAUCUGUGGAAAAAUGAUUUGAUCACACGAGAAUUUUUACCCCAUGAAGCCAACAUAAUAAAAGGCAUCCCCCUAAGUGACCGAAAUAUCCCAGAUAAACAGGUGUGGCAUGCCUCAACUCAUGGAGUCUUUACAACUCGAUCUGCUUACAAGUUGCUGGCUCUGGAGGAGAGGAAAAAUUUCCCAACGUGCUCUACAAACAGAAGAUCCAGCAAAUUUUGGCAAGGCAUCUGGAGUUUGCAGAGAAGGAGGGUGGUUCAAACCGCUUACUGCCAAAAUUGUAAGGCUGCUUGUGAGGAUACAGUACACGCAUUAUGGGGCUGUCACAGGCUGGUGGUGGUUUGGGAGAAGGAUGCGGAGCUAAUGAAGUGUUCAAGAUUUAAGUGCUCUGUUUUUGCUGAUUUACUGGAGUUGUUCUUCUCUCUAAGGGACCGAAUAGAUGUAAAUCUAUUAUGCAUAACUAUGUGGUUAGUCUGGAACAGAAGAAACUCGGCUAGAGUCGGGGACUCAGUGGUGGAGCUUCAUCACAUUCGGGCUAAGGCAGAGGUGUUCUUGCUGGACUUUCAAUCGGCCCAGGGGCCAGAGCACCGGUUGCCAACUGCUUGCACUAGUGCAGUUAGGUGGAGGCCCCCCAAUUCCCCUCUCUUCAAAAUUAAUUUUGAUGGAGCGCUCUUCAGUGAUCUCCGGGCUGCUGGCCUAGGCGUGGUGAUUCGUGACUCACGCGGGUUGGUGGUGGGAGCUUUGGCUGAACGCAUCCCAAUUCCAAUGUCUGCUGCUACGGUGGAAGCUCUUGCGUGUCGCCGUGCCCUUCACUUUGCAAAAGAGUUCGGUAUUAGUGAGUUCGUUUGUGAAGGUGAUGCGGAAGUUAUCAUUAGAGCUUUACUGGCUAAGGAGGUGUUUCAUCCUGAAUUCGGACAUGUGUUGCAAGACGCCCUUGUAUUAGCAGAUAGUUUUCGAGCUUGUAAUUUUGCUCACAUUAAACGUGUAGGUAACUCGGUUGCCCAUUUUCUUGCUAGACAUGCUAAGUUUGGCAUUGAGCUACAGGUUUGGCGUGAGGCCAUUCCUGAGGACAUAGCUCCCCUUGUAACGAGGGACUCUUUGUAA